AAUGGUGUUGUUCAAGUUAUUAUUUUUCUCAAUGGUAAACGUCAAAAAAUCAAAUUAUCUUUGGUACUCAUGUAUUAUUAGUAUAUAUUAGCAAUAGUAUUAAUGAUAUAUUUUGGUUAAAAUAUUUAAAUAGGGUUAGUUUUUUUUUUUUUUUUUUAACUUUUUUUCCCCCUUCCUCCAUUAAAUCCGGCCACCUCUCUUUCUCCUCCUUUUCCGACCACCCUCCCCCUUCUCAUUCCCCUCCCUUUUCACUCCAUUUUCCGACCAAUCCUCUCCCAGUCCUCCCCUUUUUAACCACCCCUUCCCCAUGAAACCCCCAACCCGAAACUAGCAACCCCAAACCCCCCGUCGACUGAAACCCGAAACCCACAUCCACUAAAAUCGACAAUCCCCAGACCUCUAUCCCUAUACCCACAACCCUACGAAGCACCCUGGUACAUCUCGACAAUUCUCUCUUCUUUGACCACCAGCGAAAUCAAAGCGUCGAAAACAAAUCGUUCAAGUCGAAAAUUCCACUGGCGAAACUGUUGAUACUCAAUUGAUUGCGCAUGAUAAGGAGGUUUAUGAUAUUGCAUAGGGUGGUGCUGGGGUUUUUGCUUCGAUUUCGGCUGAUGGGUCUGUUAGGGUUUCGGUCGGGAGCAGGUUGGGGCUUGGCGGGCGGGGGUGGUGGGGGAAGAAGUGAUGGGUGGUGAUUGGGGAUUUGUCGAGAUCGACGAGGUAAACUGACGAGGUCGAGAUCAACGAGGUUGUUGGGGAUUUGUCGGCAUUGGAGCUGAAAUUUCAAUGGGGGCUGGUGGUCCGUGCGGCGCCAGCGCCGGAGGGUAUGGGCGCGGCCGGCGGUUUGGGAAGGGGGAUUGAGGCUGGGCGUGGCUGGUGGCUGGGGGAAAGUGUGGCAUAACUGGGAGUGGAUAUUUGGUAUUGCCGUAUUGGUAUUGGUAUGGCAGGAGACACGUCUGCAUCCACAUUCACAUCCGUGACUGAUGCUCCCUUUUCCGGCCUCGUCAUUUGCGUCUCUGGUCUUUCUAAAGAAGCAAGGAAGCAAGUUAUGGAAGCCACUGAAAGAUUAGGCGGUAAAUACAGCCCUAAUCUGCACCCCAAUUGCACGCACUUGCUGGUCCAGAGCCUUGAGGGACACAAAUUUGAACAUGCGUUGAACCAUACUCAUCUUUUUGUUGUUACUCUUGGAUGGUUUAUUGAUUCCGUCAACAAUCAUGUCAAGUUAGAUGAAUUACCCUAUACUGUUUGCAGCAUCCCCAGGGAUAGGGAUGCUUGUGUUUCGAUAAGCCAGAACCAGAACCAGAACCGAAACCAAUUCCGACAUAACCAAUUGCAUUCUGGUUCUGGAGAUAUCAACAAAGUGUCUCAUUUAUUUGGCCACUCUAUAUACAUUGACUUGGGUGUUUCUGCUCAACUCCGCUGUAAGGUGGUUGACGUGGCUACUCGAGAAGGUGCCGUGCUUGUUGAUCAAUGGUUUGUUGGUUGUGGUGCAAGCUAUGUUGUUUGUGAGGGGUCAUCCAUACAAAUAUAUCUUGGACACUGUGAUAACAUUAUUAGCCCCAUGUGGGUUCUGAAGACAUCUAAAGAGAGAUCUAUGCAACGAUUUGUUGGAUUGUCUGCUGAUCUGGCUAGAUACGUGGGAGCGAUGCUUGAAAACCUGCAACAAGUAACUGCAAGACAGGAAGCUUGUAAGGAAAAGUGCAAUGAGCACACUCCUAUAUGUGAUAGACUAAGCCAAGAAGAAAGGAUGCAGGCUGCGAACCUUGCAAAAUGCAGUAUUAGAAAUCGGCGCGCCCGACGUCUGCAGUCGUGUCAAGUACCCUUGCGUCCAAUCAACCCCAGCAGCCUUCUAGACUCAAUCUGCUGGUCUAUCUCUGAGCCAACUUCUAGGGCUUCUGUAUAUGCAGACUCUCUUACAUCCAAAAAUGACUUUGAGAUGCAAAAAUAUGGGCUUUCUGUUGGAGGGGAUCAUGUUGAAUCUGAAGCUUCAUUCUCAAAUUUAUUACGACCACUUACCGAAAGUGAGGAAAAUGAGUUAGUGUUUAAAAAUCACUUCCUCACUAUACUGUAUCCAGUUGAUAGGUUUGCUGAGUUGGGCCCUUCCUCAAGAACAUAUUUUAGUGAUACAGGAUUUACUUGUCUGCAGUUGCUGGAAUUUAUAUAUGCCUUCUACCAGGAAAAUAUGUCCGAUCGUGAAACAGAGGUUGCAAUUCACACUGACUCAAGGCAUGCUGACCAUCUCCGAUCAAUUUAUAGUAAUGAGAGAACAGCAGACCUUGGUUGCAUGAUGUACAAGCGCAUUGAAUUUCUAGGAAGCCGGAAAAGUUUUGAAAUGUUGAAGCGUGUAAGUGGGGAUAACAACAGCAAUGUCUAUGAGCUUCUAAUAAGAGAAUAGGACAUAUAUGUGUAUUAUAGUGCAUGUUGGGACGGAGUAGUUUGAAGGAACUUGAAAGUGAUUGUAUUCAUUUCCAAUACCCCCAUCCCCCAAAAGAAGGGUAAAAAAUAGAACUGAACUACACAAUUGUAUGAACAAAAAUAAGCAAAGGCUAGCAAGUUCAUACUUUUGAUGUACAGUACAUGUACAUUUAUACAGUUGGUUCAACAAAUUGGCAAUGAGCAGGCAUAAUAAGCUCUGAUCCAGAAAGUUAAUUUGAUUACAAGCAUGACAGUUUAUCCUGCCGCCUAUUAA